AUGAGGCUGUGGCUGCUCGCUGUUAUCCUCUGCUGGCUCGUGGCUCAGACAGAGAACAAAACUCACUUUGGCUUGUUUGAUGGCUGCGUCAAGAAGAACUUUCACAUGCAUCAGAGCGUCUGCCCGGGUCCACCGCGCUUCUACUUUGCCUUCCAUCGCGUGCUCUUCGACUGCAUUAGGCACCGCACAAAGUGUCCACGCUACCACAAAUACAACGACUACGAAACACUAAAGGAGUGCCAAAAGGAUUGUGCCCAGCUGAUGGUUGUGCCAAAGCUUAGCAAUAAAACAGCGAGCGGGAAUGGCACGGGCAAGGGCAAAUAACACUUGCUGGCUCUUCCUCUAAGGUAUGCGUACUGCUCUUCAGAUUAUUUUAAUUUGUAGUCUCCUGAUGACAAAGAGACAUUGCAGACAGGCCAGAGAGACGUGGAAAUAGCUUUAAGCUGCAUACAAAUAUUUGAAUCAUUGGCACAGCAAAAUCUCUUCCAGGAUGGGCAGGAAAAAUAUAAUUAAAUACUUUUGUGCGGCAUAAAUCCAAGCAAUCGACUGUGCUGUUUGGGGUGCUCCUCAUUACCAAUUUUAUUGCA